GAUUGCGCAAGCUUCAACAUCACCAGCUCGCAUCUUGUGAUUUGUUUCCAUGACACUCACGUAACUGCCUAACUCUUCUCCCUACUUCUCCCUCUUCUUAGCCUCAGCUCCCUGCCCGAGCCGCUGCCUGGAGCGCACGUGCGACGAAUCCUCUUCCCCGCGAGACUCAAAAUCCACGCAUCGCGACACUUCCGUCUUCGUCCAACUCAGUCCCGACUCUUGAUACAGCUUCUCCCCGUCAAUCAGCAGCUAUGGAAAUCUCCGAUAUCUUCCGCAUUGUUAACUUGGCCGUGGCGGGUAUCACCGUUCUGGGGGGCGUUUUCCACAUCUUCCCCGUUGGCUUUCAGAACCUCGUCAUCGGUAUCUAUAUGAUUGUAUUUGGUCUUGCUAUUGCACUUCUAGAGUUCCAAAUCCCCCCUCAAGUUUCGAGAUACGCCAACUUCCUCUUUUCCUUUAUUGGCCGUGGUAUCUUCUAUAUCCUUCUCGGAGGCCUUCUUCUCGGCAGUCGCCUUAUUAGCAACUUAGCUGGUGGUGCUGUUGGUAUCAUCGGUGUCGGCUACGUCGCCCUCGAGUUCAUUCCCUCGAUCGAACCCCCUAGCAACAUGCGAGAAGCUGAUGUCGGCUGGGGUGCCGAGCAAGUCUAAACGCCAUUACUGGCAAGACUAAGCAAUGAGGAGCAUGACCCUCCUAUUUGCGCAAGAUUACAGGUCAUAUAACAGAUAUACUGGGAUUGUGUUCCUCUUUCCGCGUGUUGUAAUAACGCACGGUUCAGAUAAACUCCUCUCAAGGAUCAUUACGGAGAUAGAGUCUACGGCGUGAGAAUGGAAGGGUACGGGAGGUUCCUAUGUGUUACACCGCAAG